AUGGUGAAUUUACUGCACAAUCUUUCCAAAAGAGUGCUUGAGGAACAAAGGGAUGAAACUUCUACUAUCAGAGAAAACCAAUUUCCAUGGAAGAAAUUCUGGGCAGCUAAGAGAGUGGCCCCCAAGAUCAAAACUUUCAUCUGGAGAGCAAUCUACAAUGGCAUAGGUGUGGCUGAAAAGGUUGGAAGAUUCGUUGAUGGCGUCUUGAAGGACUGCAACUUCUGCUCAAGUGCGAUUGAAUCCGUGGAACAUAUGUUGAUUCACUGUAAUUUUGCCAAAGCAGUCUGGUUUGCUUCUCCUCAAGGAUUACGACUACAAGAGAAUCAUCAACUGAACCUGCAAAGAAUGAUCGAGCUUUGGAUCCGUAAUAAUGACAAUGAAUAUUGUCCGGCAAUGGGAAUGGCAAUAUGCCGGGGAACACGAAACACCAAAGUUUUCGAAAACAAAAACAUCAGUAUCCAAGGUACUCUAGCCAUUGCAAUAUACUGGUUCAACAUGUACUAUAACUUCUCAGAUGAGGGGGAGACUGAAGCGGAAGAAGGAAACAAUCCUGAAUCCUUACCUAGUGUCUCUGCAACAUGGGAACCUCCACCCGAUCCUUUUAUUAAGGUUAAUGUAGACGCUGCCUGGAAAGAUGGCUCCUAUGCCUGCGUUGCGGUGGCCAGAGAUAACAAUAGUGUGUGUUGUGGAGCAGGAACUAGAACUGGUACAACUGAUUCAGUCGUAUACGCAGAAGCUGACGGAUUCCUUCUAGUUGCUGAACUUUCCAAAUGGUUAAACUUCGAUGUCGUCAUUAUAGAAGGUGAUAGUCAAGUAGUUGUUAACAACCUCACUGGUGCUGCGAGAUCGAUCCCUUGGAGAAUCUGGAAAUUAAAAGACGAUACUCUAAAGUUGAUGGCUUCUUUUAACAACAACAGUUUUAUCAAAUUUGUGCCGAAAAAAGACAAUACUACAACUCAUUCCCUUGCGGCUUAUGCUUUUACUCAUAAAGUCCAAGCUAGAUGGACUAGAUUCAAUAUCCCAAGUGAUGUUGUUACUUUCUCCUAUGUAACAACUUAG